AUGGAUGUACUGCAAAUAAUUCCGCUAAAGUGUGAUCUCCUUAUUUUGAGAGAGCAAUGUACCCGUUACAAGGAAAAUGAAACCAUCCAGAAAAUCUGUGGUAUAGGCAGACUUUGUCUAUCAGAAGGAACAGAUACAUUAUGCAAGGAAUGGACAUGUGCAAAACCAACCUGUAGCAACCCAGAGGUGAACCAGUUUGUGGAGUGUGGUUUAUAUUGUAAAGGAACCUGCAAUUAUGGCGGGAAAGAACACAUACAAGGAAAGCCAUUCCCAUCACCGUAUGGUCAAGAUACAUGUUGGUGUGGUGAAAACAAUGUGAUAUUUUGUACUCACCAGUACCUGACCUUAGAACAUCUUUGCAAUACAAAGAAAGAGCAAUAUACUGAUAAUGUCUUUUCAACCACGAGACUUGGUACGGUAUUAUCCACAUCACACACAACAACGACGAGAUCGAAUACAUUAACACCCACGCCGCGGUUGACAACAUCAACGUCAUCAAUAGAAGUCCUUAAUGAUUGCAAACAAUACACUGGAAACGAUAUUAUUAAAUAUAGUAUUACCCGUAUCUGUGUGUCACAUGGUACCAGUACAGUGUGUAAGGAAUGGACCUGUGCCACACCAAGUUGUCAACAUCCGAAGUCAAAUGAGCAAAGUAUCUGUAAAGACUUUUGUCACGGAAACUGCAACUAUGGCGGAAAGGAAUAUAAAGUUGGCGCGUCAUUUGCUUCACCAGAUGGGGUUAACCAAUGCUUUUGUGGAGAAAACAACUUGGUCAUGUGUACACAGUUCUCGUAUAGCUUGCAUAGUUUGUGUGGAGAUAGUUAUAAAGGUUCAAAAGCAACGACUACAUUACCAACAGAAGGUGCUAGUUCCUCAAGGGCAACAACAGCUUCAAAAUGGAUACAUGUUCCAACAGACCCAAUAACCAGGGGACCAGUAACGACACAACAUGCAGGGUCAUCGGUUAAACGAACGACAGGUUGGAUUCUUAUUUCAGGAAAGUAAUUGGAACAGGACUAGGAAGACAACAUCAUUCUUAAUUUAACGAUCAUGAACCAACAAAAAAAGACAGAUAAUAGGAUUCUAUAGGUUGCAAUUGUCAUAUUUGAAAACACCGUUCUUUGGUGAAUCUUGCGCAGUAGGAUGUCAAACCCUUGCUGUUGUUCAUUAGUCAUGAGGAGAUAAUCUCAUAAUAUCUGAAGCUAGUUCUGGAUGACCUCUGCAUUGGUGUGAUAUAAAAUUCCUCGCGGCUGUGCACUGCUCAUGGGGAGAAAUACUACAAAAUGAGAAACUAUAUUUCUGGUUCUUUUAUUUCCUGUUAAAAUAUUUGACAUCUACUUUUUUUUUUAAUAAAACCGACCUCAAC